AGAUAGUGGGUAGGAGAUUCGAUCUCGCAUUCUACGGAGAAACAAACGGAGCCUACCCUACCAGGUACCGAUUCUAGAAUAGGAAGCUAAAGACCAGAGAAAUUCACAAAACUCACAGCUAGGUUAACACUUGCUAACUUGCCAUUAAAACCCGCCGACCGCUCCCUACUCCCUUUCUUCGUCCAACUGUCUUAAAAUCUCUGUUGCAAUUGUUCUGUUGCACCUCUCUUCUCUCAGUUUGUCUGCAGCUCUUAUUUGUUCUGCCAUGGCGGCUUUGAACCGCCUGCUUAGAGCGAGAGGCUCACCCUUGUGUUCUGAGACUUGUGUUAGGAGCUUAUGUUCGGCUGUAUUUUCCGAAUCUCAGCCCCGCGUUCCGCCUUCCAUCUCCCGUCACAAGUCUCUUCCUCUAUGUCGAGAUGUCGGCGACAGGAACGUCCAGUGGGUCUUCCUCGGCUGCCCCGGCGUUGGCAAGGGCACUUACGCCAGUCGCCUCUCCAACCUCCUUGGCGUCCCUCACAUCGCCACCGGGGAUCUCGUUCGAGAGGAACUCUCCUCCUCUGGACCUCUAUCACGACAGCUUGCGGAGAUUGUAAAUCAAGGGAAAUUGGUUUCUGAUGAAAUUAUUAUAAGGUUACUGUCUCAACGGCUUGAAGCUGGGGAAGCUAAAGGUGAAUCAGGAUUUAUUCUUGAUGGUUUCCCACGAACAAUUAGACAAGCGGAGAUAUUGGAGGAAGUGACUGACAUUGACUUGGUGAUUAACCUAAGGCUCCGGGAAGAUGUACUGCUCGAGAAAUGCCUUGGAAGAAGGAUUUGCAGCCAAUGUGGAGGGAAUUUCAAUGUUGCUUCCAUUAACAUCAAGGGUGAGAAUGGGAACCCUGGCAUAUACAUGGCACCACUUCUUCCACCUCCGAGUUGUGCUUCAAAGCUCAUCACUCGAUCUGAUGAUACAGAAGAAGUUGUAAAAGAACGACUCCGUGUGUACAAUGAAAUGAGUCAACCUGUGGAGAAGUUCUAUCGCAACAGAGGGAAGUUGUUGGAAUUUGAUCUACCAGGAGGGAUCCCAGAAUCAUGGCCAAAGCUGCUGCAAGCUCUGAAUCUUGAUGACCAUGAUGAAAAACAGUCUGCAGCGGCUUGAGAUGAGGUCCUUCGCAUGUUUGUGCUGUAACAUGCCGAGUAAUUUUGACAUAAAAGAACCAUUCUUUUUCCUUGAAAUAAAACUUUGAAAUGCAGUCUGUCUUUUUUUUUGAUAGAUGAAAUGGAGCCUGUCAAGUCAGGCUCUUUGAGAUGUGUAGCAGAAGAGAACUACUGGUGUAUUAUUUGGAAAACACGGCAUUAAAUAUCACAAUUAUUUAUUUGAGUGUUGAUUGUUUCGGGUUUCA